CGAAUGUUAGAGUCGAGAGUGUUAGCGUGUUCAACAUGACAGACAUAGUAGACGAACAGAAGACGAUCAUUUAAUACUACGACGAUUUCGGGGUGUAGACAUUCAAAAGCACGUAUGAACCGUCCCGAUACAGACCUCUCCCUCCGUCGAAACACUCGACGACGCACUGGCCCGGGGUUGACCUCGUUGCGCAGAACGAGAUGGAGAAGGCAUCGCAAUGAAAACAGCCACCCUGACUUCCAGGGCACUGCCUCUCGAAGAAUCAAUUUUCCUCCCCGACAUGACGCCUUGAUGUGCGCCUGAGUUCUUGGCGGGCACACUAGAUCCGGUAGAGGUAGCCGUGCCGCUAGCAUGUCCCUUGUUGACAUGUUCAGUCCGAUGCCCCCGCGCCUGCUCGGAGGUGCGAACACGGUCUGCGGCCACAGGCCGAAGAGUGUCCCACCUCCCGUCUUCUAUUCCCCCUCUGCACAGUCUAACUUCCACAAGCUGAGGCUUCUGUUCCUGUCCCAUCAAAAAUGCCCACAACCCCCUCCCUGUACUCCUCCGCAGGCUCCUGAGCAGCCACCAGAACAACAAUGACCCAACAGCGACCAAAACAACCACGAAGACGACAGGUAAAACGACAUCGACAGCGACGCCGUGAGAUUUCCCGUCGCUCUCGCUGGGGGAGGUGCCGGUCGCGGAGCCAGUCGAGCCACCCCUACCACCUCCCCCGUGUCCAGAACCACCCGACGUCAUCAUGCCGCUUGAUCUACGUUGGGGCAAGGGCAUC